CGCGAUUCAGUCGAAAAAAGCUCCAUGUAUGGCCUCAGUUUGAUUGUAAUGUGCACUGGUUGUGUAUGUUUACCUUUGUUCCUCCGAUUCCAGAUUGUUUCCAUUUCUCCAGCAAAGAGUGGAGGUUACCAAAGACAAAGGGAAGAGACGGCCGUAUUCUUGCAUGCUUCUGAAGACACGUAAUUCGGAAGGAAAAUAUUUUGUGACGAGGAGCAGCAGCAUGUCCCACAGCAAGACCAAUGCCACUGGAGAGUACGCAGGCAGGCACAUUCAAGUGGAGACGUUAAGAUGUUCCAUGGACUCCAUAUAUUUUGAAGAUAACAACAGCCAGAUGGAAGCUCAGCCUGAUGGGGGCGGUCUGGUUGUGGGAACUGGGACAUCUCCUGCUGAUUGGUCGUCGUGGCAAGGGAGUGGGAAUAGGAAUGCUGCCAGUAAGGAUCACAGCAGACCUCCUCCAGAGAUUGUGUAUCUCAAUGUUGGCGGUGUUCAUCUGGCCACCAGCCCAGACACAUUGAGGACAGACCGAAGCUCAAUGCUUGCGGUGAUGCAGAGGUGGGAAUGGAGGAUACCUUCCAAAGAGAAGUGUGAAAUCUUCAUUGAUCGUGAUGGGGAAAGAUUCAAGCAUGUUCUGAACUACCUCAGAAAUGGGACCGUUCAUCUGGGUCAGGAGCCGCAGGACAGGGUUCGGUACUUCGAGCUAUUAGAGGAGGCGGAGUACUUCAACUUGGAUGGAAUGAAGCAGUUGUUGAUAGAAGGUCUGAAGAAGAUCGACGAAGAAUCGGUGAAACCGCGAUACGACCUUGGACUGAGACAUGACCUGGUGGAUGUCCUUGGGAAGCUGACCUCGAGAGAAAGGUCUCUUUUCCAAGAACUACUGACCCUGCUGGGGUUGCUUGUCACGGAUCCGCCACUUUCCCAUAAGAGCCAUGUGAAUGAUUUUGAGUUCAGACUGGACGACGACUUUUGAGAACCAAUUUGUCGGGGAGAUGUUAAGGUGUAUGUAUGAAUCUGUGGCCUCCUUUCUCCAAGGGGCGGAGGAGGAGUACUGUGUGUGGGGUCUGCAGGGAUCAACGCCUUGACUUCGAAGCCUACAUGACUCAAAUACGAAGUUAACAUUCACGCAAGCCUACUACAUUCCAGAGACUUUUCAGGUGCCUGCAGUCAUUGGGAAUGUUGUCUACAGAAGAUCUACCGAUGGUGUAAGGCUUCUAGGGCCCGUGAGAAUGGUGGUUUCGGGUCCUCCGUGGACGUAGCAUUAAUGUGCACAUCGAAGGGGAGUUUCAAGGUUUAGGGUCCUCCAUGGACGGAGCAUUGCUGUGCACAUGGGAGGGGAGUUUCGAACCGGUGCUGUAGAAGAGGUAUGCUGAUGCAUUUUUCGCUCCUGAGCCAAAUACAGCCUAUUGGUUGAACUUCGGCAAAAUGUGUCAAGCUCGUUAAUUCUUUGAUUCUUUUCGAGAAACUCAGGCAUUGAGUGUUUUUCUCAUCGCCUUUCUCGUGUGCACUUCACUGUUGCAGAGUGGCGUCUCAUAGACAGGAGGGUCAGUUUAGAUAUAGCUGAAGCAACCUCUUGAUGGCCAAGCAGGGAUUUGCACAGACUGAGCAAUUCCUUGAGCUUUUCUGAAAAGUUCCAUCAUAUCUUUGCUAUUAAAUGCCAUGUACUGCACACAUGGCUGUGCUGUACACUUCUGUGCUCUAGUGCAGCAGGAAGGUGGAUUAUAACAGGGCAAACGUGCAUGUCACUCAUUUCCUCCUGGUGGUUGAUUCAGUUCGGUGCACACAUACAUGUAAAAGCUGUGCGACAAACAGAUCGUGAGUCUCAAAUCCUGCUCAAUACAGUAAAGCUGCGGGCUACCGCUCAUUUUCUCUGUUACCAAAAAAAGAAAGAAUGAAAAGAUAAUGUCACUUCACAGUAGCAUAACAUGUGCAGUACCCCACCUAUGCGGCUGAAUGGUAUACACAUGUGAGUUGCUGUAACUGUUAGUACACAGGUUGUGAGUUUGAAUCCUGGUGCAUUUGGAUGGAUGCAAUAAUGUUCGGGGCUACCACUUCUUUCUUCUUUAAUAAGCAAAGGACAGCCUGUGCGUCAGCACUUGGGCUUUCUUGAAAAUGUAGCUUGCAACUGGUAACGUGAACGAUCUAGAGCCGGAAAAAAAAGGAGCAGGACUCACUGAUGCUAUAGUUGGAAGCAGGAAACUAAUCUUGAGAAUGGCCAGGUUCAUGUUUCCAUGGCAUGAACUUAGCACCUGUAGGGCCUGUCCCUGAUGAGCAGCGGAACGUGGAGCUGGAAUCCACGUGGUUGCACAGUGACUUGUCAGACAGGCAAUCUGGGAUAACAACAAUAAAGCCUUCAAUGGACAAAAGCUUUGGUUUGCCUGCCCCAACCCCGCCAAUCUCAGGCUGCUGUCCCGCUUAUGACUCUAUGAGUUUGAUAUAGGUCGAAAGGGGUCCGCUGCCCCCAAGUUGCCACUGUCUUCUUUGGUGGCAAUUUUAACUGUCAAGGUGUUGAAUCCUCUACUCUUUUUCUGCAGUCCUGGGCUCACCACUGGUACUACAGCACAGGGUCCUGGGUGAAUUCACUCUCUGCCGGCUGAACAAAGAAAAGUGAAAAUGAAAAUGCAUUUACCCU